AUGGCGACGAUUCAGUGGACUACAUUUGGACAUGAUUCGCCGUACAUUUUAUGUUGAUUUUCAUAGCCAAUCAAACAGAAUCGGCUUUAUUUUGGUUAUUAGCACCAUUUCCAAGUUUGAUAUUCACAACACUUCUUAGACAUAACAAACAGUUGAUUUCACUAGCUGAACACAGUGUAACUAAUAAUCAAUACACAUACUAUAGAAGUCAGAGAUCUAUUCACACUAUGGAACAGUUUCAAGCCCAACAAGGGGCUGUAACUCUUGAUGCCAGUCAGCAGGCUUUCCAGCAGGUUGCACAACCUUUUGUGAUGCAAGGACUGCCAAUGCAAUUCCUACAAGCCGGGGCCACUCAGUUCCCAGGUGUACAAGCAGGACAACAGCCUCAGAUUGUACAGUUGAACGGUCAGAACCAGAUGCCUGUACUGCAGACACCGACUGGUCAGCAGAUUAUUGUACAGAUGCCACAGAACCAGUCUGCAAUGAGCAUGCCGAAUGGACAACAGUUCCAACAGUUACAGUAUGUGACGUCUCCUGUUACAACUCCUACGUUACAGACGUUUGGUCAACCGCAGCAGAUUAUAAUACAACAGCCCCAGGGACAGCUCCUGAAUCAACCCCAGAUCAUUAACCCACAGAAUCUCGCACCAUUUGUCAGUCAGCUCACACAGGUCGUACAGAUGCCAGAUGGACAGACAGUGCUAUAUCAGCAACCACAAGCAGCGCAACAGGUCACACAACAAAUGCAGCCAACAACAGAAAAUAACGGUCAACAACAGCAGCAACAACAACAACAACAGCAACAACAAUCUCAACAGAAUCAAGUACAGGCAAGCGGAAUGGUAACUACAGACCAGAGCCAGCCACAGCAGGCAGCACCACAGUUUAUCCAAGUACCUGGAGGACCAUUAAUGCAGGUUGUGGGAGGUAACAUAAACAAUUUAAAUCUAGCCGGAGUCCAGCGGGCACAAACUGGUUCCCAGGAGUCAUCAGAAGAAGAACCUUUAUAUGUUAACGCAAAACAAUAUCACAGAAUACUGAAGCGACGACAGGCAAGGGCAAAACUUGAAGCUUCAGGAAAAAUACCAAGGAUAAGAAAAAAAUAUUUACAUGAAUCCCGGCAUAUACAUGCUAUGAACAGAGUGAGAGGAGAGGGAGGCAGAUUUCACUCAAUAAAGAAUGAACCGUAUGAGGGGGAGGGAGAUGUCAGUAUCAAACAGGAAUCAGAAGAAGACAGUGAAGUUUCCAGACUGAUGUCACAAGCAAUUAACGGCAGUCAUUUAAACAAUAUGCCAUUGGCAAAUCACAGCACACCAUCACAUAUAGCGCCAGCGAAUUCUCACUACACAAAUUCAGAUUUACGGCAUAUAACGCCAAGCAAAGGAUAAAUUCUCUGUUUUUAAUGUUUAUAUUUUAUUUUAUGUUGAUUUUUAGCUCACCUGUCACAAAGUGACAAGGUGAGCUUUUGUGAUCGCGCGGUGUCCCUCGUCCGUCCGUGCAUGCGUCCAUAAACUUUUGCUUGUGACCACUCUAGAGGUCACAUUUUUCAUUGGAUCUUUAUGAAAGUUGGUCAGAAUGUUCAUCUUGAUGAUAUCUAGGUCAAGUUCGAAACUGGGUCAUGUGCCUUCAAAAACUAGGUCAGUAGGUCUGAAAAUAGAAAAACUUUGUGAUCUCUCUAAAAGCCAUAUUUUUAAUGGGAUCUGUAUGAAAGUUGGUCUGAAUGUUCAUCUUGAUGAUAUCUAGGUCCAGUUCGAAACUGGGUCACGUGCAGUCAAAAACUAGGUCAGUAGGUCUAAAAAUAGAAAAACCUUGUGACCUCUCAAGAGGCCAUAUAUUUCAUGAGAUCUUCAUGAAAAUUGGUCAGAAUGUUCACCUUGAUGAUAUCUAGGUCAAGUUCGAAAGUGGGUCACGUGCCUUCAAAAACUAGGUCAGUAGGUCAAAUAAUAGAAAAACCUUGUGACCUCUCUAGAGGCCAUAUUUUUCUUGGGAUCUGUAUGAAAAUUGGUCUGAAUGUUCAUCUUGAUGAUAUCUAGGUCAAGUACAAAAGUGGAUCACCUGCCUUCAAAAACUAGGUCAGUAGGUCAAAUAAUAGAAAAACCUUGUGACCUCUCUAAAGGCCAUAUUUUUCAUGGGAUCUGUAUGAAAACUGGUCUGAAUGUUCAUCUUGAUGAUAUCUACAUCAAGUUAGAAACAGGGUCAUGUGCGGACAAAAACUAGGUCAGCAGGUCUAGAAAUAGAAAAACCUUGUGACCUCUCUAGAGGCCAUACUUGUGAAUGGAUCUCCAUUAAAAUUGGUCAGAAUGUUCACCUUGAUGAUAUCUAGGUCAAGUUUGAAACUGGGUCACGUGCCUUAAAAAACUAGGUCAGUAGGUCAAAUAAUAAAAAAACCUUGUGACCUCUCUAGAGGCCAUACUUUUCAUGGAAUCUGUAUGAAAGUUGGUCUGAAUGUUCAUCUUGAUGAUAUCUAGGUCAAGUUCAAAACAGAGUCAUGUGCGGACAAAAACUAGGUCAGCAGGUCUAAAAAUAGAAAAACUUUGUGACCUCUCUAGAGGCCAUACUUAUGAAUGGAUCUCCAUUAAAAUUGGUCAGAAUGUUCACCUUGAUGAUAUCUAGGUCAAGUUUGAAACUGGGUCAUGUGCCUUAAAAGACUAGGUCAGUAGGUCAAAUAAUAAAAAACCUUGUGACCUCUCUAGAGGCCAUACUUUUCAUGGAAUCUGUAUGAAAGUUGGUCUGAAUGUUCAUCUUGAUGAUAUCUAGGUCAAGUUUGAAACUGGGUCAACUGCAAUCAAAAACUAGGUCAGUAGGUCUAAAAUUAUUAAAAUCUUUUGACCUCUCUAGAGGCCAUAUUUUUCAAUGGAUCUUCAUGAAAAUUGAUCUGAAUGUUCACCUUGAUGAUAUCUAAGUCAGUUUCGAAACUGGGUCACGUGCAGUCAAAAACCAGGCCAGUAGGUAUAAAAAUAGAAAAACCUUGUGACCUCUCUAGAGGCCAUAUUUUUCAUGAGAUCUUCAUGAAAAUUAGUGAGAAUGUUCACCUUGAUGAUAUCUAGGUAAAGUUCAAAACAGGAUCACGUACCUUCGAAAACUAGGUCAAUAGGUCAAAUAAUAGAAAAACCUUGUGACCUCUGUAGAGACCAUAUUUUUCAAUGGAUCUUCAUGAAAAUUGGUCAGAAUUUUUAUCUUGAUAAUAUCUAGGUCAAGUUCAAAACUGGGUCACAUGAGCUCAAAAACUAGGUCACUGUGUCAAAUAAUGACGUCAUACUCAAAACUGGGGCAUGUGGGAAGAGGUGAGCGAUUCAGGACCAUCAUGGUCCUCUUGUUUAUAUUUAUUAAACAUUCUGUGAGCAUGUUGACUGUAAGGACGCUCGCAGCAAUGUUGAGGAGCACGGGAAGUGCAUUUCUUGGUGCAAUAUAUGUGAUUUUUUUAUAUAUAAAAUGUUCGUAUUAUGUUAUGACAAAAAGCACCCCAUGGUUGAAAAAAUUUCCAAAUUAAACACAAAAGUUUGAUAAUCCUACCACUUGAGUCCGCAACUUUCCAACUUCACAAGACACCAAUCUGUAACAUAAUUAAAAUGACUUCUAAACAGUUACAGUAUACGGUUGCUUGGGAUUCAGAACAACCAAACAAAUGCAGGUUCUCAAGUUGUUAAACUAAUUUUGUAGACCAGUCUCAGAAUGCAGACUUACCAUUGGUUGAUUACAAGGUCAAGGUCUGAAUCAGCCAAUCAGAUGCUGGUGUUUAGGGACUGGUACAGUCAGCUUCUUUACUUUGGACCAUAUCUCAAUUCUUAACUUGAAGCAGACUGGAGACUUAGUCACAGUUACUGUAUCCUAAUAACACAAAGCUGGGUUUGGAAGAUAUGACCACAGUUGGAGAUACAGCAUUUAAAAUGAGAAUAUUUUAAAAAGUGCAUCUGGAUUUUUUCAGCUGAUAUAAUUUGUUCAUUUAGAAUCUUAAUUGGCAUUGGGUGUAUUUUGUCAUUGCAUAACUCCUUAUGUGUAAAGCUGUGUGGGAAAUGAUCUCAAUGCAAACAAAUUGUUUAAAGGGGCAUGUCUUAAGAAAGUCAUUAAAAUUUCAAUAAUUUGAAACAUACAGCAACUGAUUUUAACCAUAUAUUAUUAAGGUGAUACUUUUAUGUGCAUGUUAGUAUGUACAGCUAAAUUCCUUCUAGUUAAACCUUUACCCUGCCAGAUUUCUAAAAUGGACUCGUCUAUCAUUCAAUUUGGGCAGUACCAUUUAUCAUUCUAAGGGCUGUUCACAGAAAAUUUACUGGCUGAAUAGCAAACAGUGCAGACCACACAUUAGCCUGCAUGGAAAUGCAGGCUGAUCUUGGUCUGCACUGGUUGCAAAGGCAAAACUACUUGCCGCCAGCAGGCUAAAGGUUAAAUUAGAUUUCUGUUGCCCAGCUAACAGUAUUGAGAGCUUUCUACAAAUUCACUGACUAUAAAAGAGUGUAUUUAUAGAUGAAUUCUAUUAUCAGAUGCAUGGAAUAUUAUAUUUCUUCUCUAUAUUUUAUAAUUACGAACUAAAAAAGCAUUUUCCAAAUUUAGAGAGAAUAAACAAUGACACUUAUCAUGUGGCAUACCCCUUUAAACUUUGUAGAUUUUCACUUGCUUUUUCAUGACAUUGAUAAAUGCUGCAAAAUACUGUGUCCUUAAUAUUAUUGUUAAAAGUUGUUUUUUUAAUCGGUCAGUUUCAAAAAUACAAAGUAGAUUGAUCGUUUACUUUUGUAACCAUGGAAACCAAACGAAUAAAACUUACAAGAUGAAAACUUGAUGUAAUAAUAUUCUCUGCAUGUCCUGAAAUUUUAUAUUUAAAAAAAAUGCUGUUAUAGUACAUUGUAAAAUGGUUUUCUAUUUUUCUUCUUUAAUGAAAUCAGUUUUGACAUACAGGGAAAAGUCCCCAGAGACUGGUUUUGACCAUGGGCCAAAAGUUACUUUUUGAAUCUCACUUGAGCACUUACAAGCGCUCUUGUGAGUUAUUGUCAGCAUCCUAUGGCCAUCAUUAACUGUUGUUGUCAAUAUUAUUUUUACUUAAGUAUCUUCCUCUCUUAAACUACUGAAUGUCUGUAACAACCUGGCAUGAACCUCCCAACUCAGUUCAACUACUUGACUGCAUAUAUGAGCCGCUAGAGCUAAAAAUUGGGAAAAAAAUUAAUUUCGUCUCUGUAUAAACUUAAUGGAUCUCAACAGACUUGGUCUGUAACAUCCGAUGAAUGACCUUUCUCGUGUUUGUUCAGAUACUUUUACCUUAAUGACACCCAGAGAUAAAAAUAGUAAAAACAAAAAGCACCCCAAACUUUCAAAUGAUAUCUUGUAAACUGCUUCAUGGAGGUUUUCAGGAUUUAAUAGAAGCAUCCAGAACCUACUGUUAAUUAGUAUUCAAACCUGAAAUUCUCAGUCUAUGUAGCUGAUGUUUGUUGCAAUUAGUUUGCCACAUUGCUGCCAAAUGUGUAAAUGUAAUCAAAAGGUUCAGCUUGAAAGCUAAAAACAGUAAGAUCUUUACAUGACUUCACAUCAGCAGCUUUAAAGAUGGUCACUGAAGUUGGUCAGAAGCAUUCUGUGAUGCACCUUUCUCAAAUUUUAUUUUCACACUCUACCAAAAUUUGUUAAAAAUCAAGCUAAUUUGUGAAAAAAACAUGGCCGCCAUGAUACAUGAUUGAGCUGUGAAACUAAGGGGAGCAAUUUAGGGCCAUCAUGACCCUGUAGUUUUUAAAAUGCUAUAAAAACAAAUGUUUUAGUUUUAAUAAUGUUCAGUUUAGUUUUAAAUCUUACGGACAUGUUUUUAAUUUCCCUUUUAUUUUAGUUGAUUCAUGUUCUGUUUCAUUCUGUUAAUUCCAUUUGUUUUAGAAUAGAUUGUUAAUGUUUCUUUUUUAUUACGUUUUUUUUUCUCGUUAAUGAAAAGUGAAAAGCGAUCUUUUAUUGUAAACUUAGAAAAAAAGUUUUAUCGGAAUUUGUUAAGAAUGUAUUUUGUUACUUUAACCCUUAGCCUGCUGCAGGCGAAUUUAACAGCCUUUGCAAACAGCUUGGAACCAGAUCAGACGCCGAUUAAAUCGGCGUCUGAUCAGGUUCCAAGCUGUUUGCUACUCUGACAAUAUUUCUUUCAAUUUGGGAGCAAAUUGAAUGAACUUUACAAUUUUAGCAGACGACAGUUCCAGCAGACGACAAUUUAUCUAGCAUGCUAAAGGUUAAAUCAUCAUAGGGAAUACUACAAGAAUCUUUCACUGGUUGUAAGUGUAGAUGAGAAUAUCCAGCUUGAGGGUAACUGUUUAGGCAGUAACUAGGCUCUUUUGAGUAACCACAAAGACAGUUUACCCAAGAGCUGGAUAUUUCUAUAUUUUUUCUUGCAAACGGUAUUCUUCAAAUCAUGAUUCUUCAAAAACACAGGAAAAUCCGGCACGCAAGAAUUAAGUUUCUUAGGCUGUAUUUAAUGAUUUAAGUAUCAGAUUUUACUGUUGUCUUGCCUUAAUUUGAAAUAAGAAAUGAAAGUAUAAGAAUAUUAAAAAUUUCUGUCUCAGAAAUUGUGUAAAAAAUACAGCUGUCCAUAAGUAGCUGUGAAAAUUAAUUGUCUGUUAAUAUAGUUUCAAUCCAGAAAUUUUCACUGGCUGAGUGAAUAUAAUGCUAUGAAAUCAUUAAUUAUCGUGGGACACUAAUUUUCGCAGAUAUUGUGGUUCCAUCAAAACUCAAAAUUAUGGUUAAUUUCAUUGAAAACAAAAAAAAAGUUCUUCAAAAGAUGAAAUUUACAAACUCAUAUCCUGUGUCAAGAAUUAUUUUUCCGAACAUGUUUUCUUCUGUGAACUUGCACAGUCUCAUUUGAAGUAGACAUAAAACACCUACAGGACUGAUGUGUAUCGGUAUGUUACUGUGAAAUUAUAAAUAUUUGUGGGUGACUAAUUUUUGUGGUUUUCGCAGUUGGGUCAGUCCACAAAAUUGAAUCCCAAUGAACUUAAAUCUUAUACACAUGAAAUUAAUUGUUUCACAGUGUAUUAAAAAGCUUAUAAAAGGGGUCAUUACCAUUUUUUAACAUUUGCUAUCAUUUUUAAGCUUUGCUAAUUGUUUCAUGUUUAACAUAGACUGAUAUAUCACUGGUGUAUUUAGUCACAUGUUUUUUCAGGGAAUUAUUGAAAUAAUAGUGUGAAACAUAUUUUGAAUAUAUUAAAUACGAGUGAAAAAUAUCAAAUAUAUGAUAUUUGGUUAAAACCAUCGAAACACAUGAAAUAAAAAGGGAAGUUGUUUGUUUUACAUAUAGAUCUAACCAAGUGUCUUUCCAUUGUGAACACCAGAUUACUGGUAUAUAAGUUUAAAUUAUUGUCUACACUGUUCAUGAAAGAAUUUCAUCUGGUAUUCACUUGGGUGAAAGAUAGUUUGAUCUUACACUGAAACAAACAAAUGUUCUCUUAUAUAGUUGUUAAUGAUUCUGUUUUACCAGUAAAAAAGUUUUACAUUAUUAGAGGUAUUUAAAGUGUGAGUUUUAUUAAGGAGGGAAGGGCCUUUCUGGCAAAGUGGUUAAGGUCACUGAUGUUGGUUUGAAACCGUUUUUGAUUUGUAGAAUUCUUCAUGUGAGGAAGCCAUGCAGCUGGCUAAUGAAAGGUCCACGGAUCAACCCCGGUGCCCAACAUGAUCAGAUAAUGCCUGGAGGGUCACCAGGGGUGUUCCUCCACCAUCAAAAGCAGGAAAAGUUGUCGUAUGACAUAAAAUGUUUUUGUGAGACUCUAUACCAAGCAGAAACAAAAGAAAAACUAAGGCCAAACAUAUCAUCGUAAUAUUUCACUGAAUAGGAGAAAAAAAGAGAGAAAUAGUUAGUAAUUCUAAGCAACAAGAGAUUUCCUCGAUUAAAAAUAAUUGUGGUAAACAAAUUGUUGCAAAUAGAUAUAACAAAUAUUUGUCAAAGUGGGCCAUGAAAUGAUGAAGGUCAGCUCAUGAAUUUUGCCUACUGGAUUAACAUGAAACUUGUCACAAGCAGAAUUUUCACAAUUUUAUUUAAAAAUUGGGAAAUGUUGUUUUUUGAUAAAAGAACCAAAAUCAAAAUACUGUAAAUUAGACACUUUUGUCGCAAAAUUUACUGUGGUUUUAAGACGUUGAAUUUCUGAAUAGACGAGAUUUUCAUUGACAAUUUUGCCCCAUAUUCAAUCAAUAUCAUGGAUAACUCGGUUCAUCAUAGUCAUGGAUUAUGAAUGUGGUUGUUACAAUUUUGAGGUGUUUAUUUAUUAGAAGAUGGGGCAUCAGAAAAGUGGUUAUUUUUAACAUUUUGCUAAUUUGGAAUGAUGAUAUAUUAUUAAAAUAUGUCACAUAAUUUUGUACAAGAUUUUCACUUAUUAUUGUAUGUGGAUCAUGUCUUGUUUAUUUAUUGAUGAAAAUAAUCAUGUUGUUAUAUUGUACAUGUUUUUUUCUAAUUUAUUAAUAAAGAUACAUUUUACGUAAAUCA